AUGGCGAGUAAUAGUAAAGAUUUAAUUGAGGGUUUUCGAUUGCAAGAGAAUACCUACUUUGAUCACGCGCUGAAUUUCAUUGUUGCUGGCGAGCCCUAUACAUGCUUGGGUUUGAUCUUUCCCGGGGAAAUCAUGCGCUUGUUGGGGUAAGAAUUAUUUUUUAGAUUUUUUUAUUUUAAGAAUUUUUUAUUGAAAUUGCUUUAUUUUUUAGACCCGCAAAAGAAAAGAUGCCGAGUGAUGUAUUUGCAGCCAAGGUUACAAAGGAUGAAGCGUCACAACUACAUAAUUUGGGACCUACACACAAUAUAUUUUUAUCAGAGGCUUUAAUGACAGUUAAUAAUUUUACAUAA